AUGAGGUAUACUUACGCAGUUUUACUAUUGGCGUCUUCAGUUAUCGCCUUCCAUAAUAAUAACUAUAGCAAAAAUUCACACUGUAAUUAUAGGAAACUAAAUAAUAUAAAUGAUAUACAACAAAUUAGUUCAGGAAGGUUGACCAUUUGCGGAAAUCAACAGAGACCAUGUAACUUAGAACCACUUAAGGCGGAACCAGAAACAAUUGCCAAGACUGUAGCAGCUGUAGGUGCUGGAGUUUUUGUGUUGUAUUCACUAAUUUCAAAUUACAGGCAUAGAGAGGAUGAGAAAAGGAAAAUCGAAAAGGAACUGUGUCACCUAGAUAAGAUGAAACAGGAAUAUAUACGGACUGGUAUAGAUCCAGAUGUUAGAAAGUUACGAUAA